GGGGAAGGGUCUCUGGUUAGAGAUUCCUCCCUUGUGGAGUUAUCUUUGUGAGCAUCUAUCUUCAGGGAUGGCUUUGGAAAUUGAAGUCUGUAGAAUAGGAAGAUUCCCAGCUCCCUGUCUGAGCUUUUCUGCAAGAAAUGGAACAUCAACACUGCUGCAAAACAAGCUUGUCUCAUCCCUCAAGGGCCUGGAGAAUUGAUGGAAACGUAAUUCAAAGCCUCCAGCUGCGGCAAGCACCCAACGCCCAUUUCCCGUGUCACGGCGCAUUCCCACAGCCUGUUCCCGCCUCCCCGUCUCUCCCAGCGCAUGCGCGCUGCGCCGCUUCCGCGCUCCUGACCUUCGGCGCCGGUGUGGGCCGGGCCGGGAGGCUGAGCGCCGCUUCGUCGUAUCGCGGCGGGGAUCAUGUCGGCCCCGACCAUGAAGGAGAGGAAAGCGUGCUGGGCGGCACGCGACGAGUUCUGGCGGUGCCUGGACAGGCACACGGAGGACGCGCCGCGGUGCGAGAAGCUGAGGCGGUCCUUCGAGUCCCUGUGUCCGCAGCAGUGGGUUAAAUACUUUGACAAAAGAAGGGAUUUUUUAAAAUACAAAGAAAAGCUGGAAUCUGAAGGAUUUCAACCUCCAGAAACUGCUGGAAAGGCUUAGGUACUGU